AUGGCUUCUACAACUCAAAAAUCAAAAGCUGAAAUGUCAGAAGAAGAACUUCGACAAAUGGAAGAAAAUGAAUUUAAUACAGGACCAUUAUCAGUUCUACAACAAUCAGUUAAGAAUAAUACACAGAUAUUGAUUAAUUGUAGAAACAAUAGAAAAUUGCUUGCAAGAGUUAAAGCAUUUGAUCGUCAUUGUAAUAUGGUAUUGGAAAAUGUUAAAGAGAUGUGGACAGAAACACCUAAGACUGGUAAAGGCAAAAAGGCUAAGCCGGUCAAUAAGGAUAGAUUCAUAAGUAAAAUGUUUUUACGUGGCGAUUCAGUAAUCCUUGUGCUUAGAAAUACUGUAUAA